AUGAUACUGUCGUCAACGCGCGUCCACAAUGUUCUGUUGGUGUCCACUGGCCUUUGGGUUUCUCAGCAGGUGGAUUUUCUUGGUUCUGACCUAGUGGAGGGUUACGAGUCUAUGCCCACUGAUCCUGAGGAGUUUAAAGACCAGGCUGUGUUAAUCCUUGGCAAAGGAAACUCCGCCUUUGAGACAGCACAGAGCAUCUUGGGUAGAGCGAGCCGGAUUCACUUGUAUAGUCCCAGCCCAGUACGGCUUGCAUGGCAGACACACUACGUUGGGGACCUCAGGACAGUAAACAAUGAGCUAUUAGACACUUACCAGCUGAAAUCUUUAGACGGCCUAGUGGAGGGAAGACUGGAGGAUAUUGCCAUUGUCCGUAGAGAAAAAGAUGGAGGGAAGAGAAGAACAGCAAAGAAAAUAAGUCAAACAUCAACAGAGGGAAAGGAGCAGCUGCAUUUAACUCUUACUGAACUUCUUGAUGACCAGAAUGGCAACAGCAUUUCAAAGGUCACUAGGCAAAAUCUACCUGGUUACCACACUGAUGACUUCUCACUCAGACAGCCAUAUGACAGAGUGAUCCGAUACCUGGGCUUUUGUUUUAACUUCUCCAUUUUUGAUGGGUCUUACUGUGAAUAUCUGGAGGAGUUUCCUCUACAGGCCUUGCCCCAGCUGUCUGCUCUAUCUGGACGGCCCCUUUCAGAUCAUGGUCUUCUGGUCUUGGUCAUGCAGUAUGGACUGAACCAGACUGAUACACUAGGACCAGGUCGAGCUGAGUCAGAAUGGACCAAAGCCUGGAGGUCCAACUUCCUCCAUCCGGUCCUGUACUACUACAACACACUACCUACAGAGAAAGAUAUGAGACAGCGUCCUGUUAGCUGGCCACUACCACGACCUGAGGCCGUUCAUCACAUGGUUGAGGACUUCCUAACUGAAUGGGAUCAGCCCAUAUCACACAGCCAACCUCUCAGACGCUUCCUCGAGCACUGCCUCCAAACUGACCUCAGGGCCUUUUAUGCUGAAUCCUGUUUCCUUCUGUCCCUCACCAGUCGUACCCCACCCCUCUUCUGCCGUCAAGGUUAUUUAAGAAAGCAGGGCAUUGUGGGAAACAGCCACCUAUGGCAACAUGCCCGUGAGGCAGGACUUACGGCAGAUCAUCAGGGAGACACUUCAGUAUCUGAAUACCUGAAACAUGCUGGCGCUGCAGUUGUUUCAACUAUGAACUUUGACCUUUGAAGGGUAUUAAUGGUAACAAAGACCAAAUCUGUCCUGCUAAAAUCCUGUUAAUCUACCUCCCAUUUCUCCAUUUACUUACAUUUCCAUAGAAAACGUCCCACAUCCAGCAUCCUGAGACUACGAUCAAACAUACAGUUAAGUUAAAUAAUGAGUAUUUGCCUUGCCAUAGUUUUUAAUAAGCCAAAGUAUAGAUUUAUAUACUGUUUUAUGGUGUUGGGUUUGGUGUUGCAACACAAUGCAUAACUAAUUUUUUAUACAAUUGUUAAAGGUAUAUCAGAAAAGUUUUUUCUUGGUUUGAUAUGCAUGUACAUCCCAUCUCAAUAAUUAAUUACAGAAAGGUGUGUCUGGUGGUUAUAUAUUUUGUAGCAUAAAACGUCAUUGUAGUCUUUUAUGAAA